AAAUAAAUAACAAAUUAUCGAAGGAAAUUAAAAAGUUGAUCAUGAAUCUUCAGUCACGUUUUUUUUUGAUAUCAAAAGGUGAUGCUAUAGCAUUGUAUUCGAUCCAUUGUUUUAAAAUCAUUUCGUCAUCCAAGAAAACUUUUGCAAUGCUGUGCCACAAUUUUUUUCUUUCCAGCUCAAGAUCAGAGUGAGUCUGCUGCGCCGAUAGUCAUACAAGGGAGUUUUUUUUCAAUUAGAAAAAAAACACCCCACACUCCAACGAAAAUUUUACUCAUAUACUACUGAAAAGCAUGUACGUGAGAGAAAAAUUUUCACAACUCAGAAAAUUGAUCAAGCGAGAAUCUGAUGAACCAUCUGGUCGCACAGAAGUUCUGAAAACUCGUAAUGUUAUUCAAGUGGAAGAACCUAUUCAAGUGAAAACUGCGGAGGAUCCUGUUCAAAUGGAAAUUGAGGAAGAUGAAAGUGAUGAUGAUGAUGAACCUGAAACUUCGAAAAAAGAUAAGGGAAAACUUAAAGCGAAAGAAACGCCAAGCAUUGAAGAAAUUAAAAAAUGGGAUACCGGGACCCUAAUCACUUUUUUGCAAGAACAAGACUUAGAGCUUGAUAACAAAUACUUUGAUACUUUUCAUUUACAAGAGAUCAACGGAAAAAUCUUUCUCGAAUUAACCAAAAAAGAACUUCAAAGUUGUGGGUUUAAAUUAGGACCAGCGAAAAUAAUUGCGGAUCUGAUUAAGGAACUUAAAAAGAGAUCAUUCUCAUCUUAUUAUAACUUGAGAGACGUGUUAAAUAAGUAUGGAAUUGAAGGAAGUAGCAUAGGAAAUAUUUCACAGUUUAGUCCAGGUAAGAUUUAAUGAGAAUUAGUAUUUCACAUUCACUAUAACUUACUAUGAAUUCUGAAAAAAAAGAACCUUAUAGUAUCGAUGACAACGAUGAAGAGUUAGAAUAUUGUAUAAAAGAUAUAAAACGCAAAAUGAGUAUUAUGGGAACUCUACUUAUUGAUAGCAAUGA